AUUUGCAAAAAAGUUGGCGCGUCCCAUGCCUCGCCUUCCCUUCCGAUAUCUCUUCGUCUCGCCGCCGCCGCGCGCGCGCAUUCUCGUGUGACGUGUCCGGUGUCUCAGCACUCCGCGGUCCGUCCACUCCCUGGCUUCUGUACCCAUCGUUGCUCUUGGCCCCAGACCCCAAGAUGGCGGUGGGUUGCUUCAACCCCGUGCUCUCGCCGCUCGUUCCUUCGCCGCCGCGUAGCCGCCUCCGAGCGGCGCUGCGGUCUCACUCUCACCAGCCGACCGCGGUCUCCCUCCGCUUGCUCCCGUCCGGCGCGGCAGCUGGUCGUGGCACGUGGCGGCUCGCGGCGGCGGCAGAGUCGCAGGCCGUGCAGGAGCAGCAGGCGCGGACGGAAGAGCCCGGUGAGGCCGGCGGGCCGGGUGCCGCCGAGGCGUCCUCCAAGCUGGUUCUGGUCGUUGGCGGAACCGGUGGUGUUGGGCAGUUGGUUGUAGCAUCGUUGCUGAGCAGGAACAUCAAGUCAAGGUUGCUCCUAAGAGAUCCAGAAAAGGCAUCAGCACUAUUUGGCAAGCAGGAUGAGAGUGUACUGCAGGUUUACAAAGCGGACACAAGAAACCCUAAUGAUUUGGAUCCACUAAUGUUUGAGGGAGUUACGCAUGUGAUAUGUUGUACUGGAACUACAGCAUUUCCAUCUAAACGCUGGGAUGGAGAGAAUACUCCAGAACGUGUAGAUUGGGAUGGCAUCAGAAAUCUUGUAAGUGCCUUGCCACAGACAAUCAAGAGACUGGUUCUUGUGUCAUCUAUUGGUGUUACAAAAUACAAUGAGAUACCAUGGAGCAUCAUGAAUCUGUUUGGUGUGCUCAAGUACAAGAAGAUGGGAGAAGACUUUGUUCGCAAUUCAGGAAUACCAUUCACGAUUAUCAGGCCUGGAAGAUUGACAGAUGGACCCUACACUUCAUAUGAUCUUAAUACACUUCUUAAAGCUACAGCUGGGGAGCGACGAGCAGUAGUCAUAGGCAAAGGCGACAAGCUUGUGGGGGAAGUUAGCAGACUUGUGGUGGCAGAAGCUUGUAUCCAAGCUUUAGACAUUGAAUCUACUGAAGGACAGAUAUAUGAGAUUAAUUCAGUGAAGGGUGAAGGACCUGGGACUGACCCAGAGAAAUGGGAGGAGCUAUUCAGAUCUGUUCAAUCAGACUAGUGGCAUUCUUCAAAGGGUACAUCAUAGUGUAAUGUAAUCUGUAGAAACAGCACAAUUUAACAGUCAUAGUCAUUGAACAGUAAUCAUGUACAGUAAUUUAGGUACCACUUGCGAAAAAGAAUGUUUAGUUUGUGUACAUAAUAUGUGAAUAUUGAGAUAUGACUAUUACCUCCUAAAAGUGAUAUUUUUGUUGGAAAAUAAAAUGUUCGUUAUCCUUA